AUGAGCGGCAGCAUGCGGCGGAUCCUGAACCUGGGGUUGUUCGAAGGGGUCAAACGCGCGUAUUCGCUGCGGCGCCUGAACCUGGAGCUCUCCAAGGUGAAGUUUUUCCACCCGACGGCACAAGAGGCGGCCGCUCAUGGCAAGGUGCUGCCAACACUGACGCCAGCCCAGGCCGAGGCCACCAGCAGGACAAGGAUCUGCAACACCGAUCUGGCGACGGCGGAGGCGGCGGCGCCCAAGAUCGAUCCGCCAAAAACCGAGCUGGUCAUAAAGCCACCGGAAGUCUCCUACUCCAUCCGGUCUCCUCGCUGCGUUCAUUUCUUGCCAACCGCCUCGGAGAGCAAGGUUGUCAUGGUCGACCGCGGGAACCGCAUGAUACGCUUCAACAUCGUCAAUAGCCCCCACUACAACGAUACCCAGGACGGCCAAGUCCCCAGGCACUCCCGCUACAUCGAUUCCAUGCCAAGCCUCCACGGGUACAAGGAGGCGCCGCUGACCAUCUCCGUCCCUCCCACGAACUUACACCUCCUUGACGGCGAAGACGCAGGCGACCUCUACAUCAUCGAUAGCGUCCUCCAUCCCAACAAGGCGGACGUACGCCCGCAGUUCGAGGCCCUGGUGUGGAGGGGGAUCACCACGUCCCUCGUGUCUCACAGGUUCUGGCACUGCGACAUCCUCCCGCUGCCCCCGUGGAUCACGCAACACAGGAAUGACUUCGUCUAUGGUCACGCCCUCGUCGGCGACACCAUCUGCUUCUCCAUCUCUGGCCCAGAGGGCGAUGGCACCUACUGCUUCCACAUGGCGACUCGCCAGUGGAGCAAAGCUGGCGACUGGCUCAUGCCCUUCCAUGGCAAGGCAGAUUACGUCCCUGAGCUUGGACUCUGGUUCGGUGUCGCAGACGGCCUCCCCUGCGCUGCUGACCUCUCUGGCGUCGUCGGAGGGGAGGAGCCGCCGCCAGAGAAGAUGCGGAUCUGGGUGCACGAUGACCUGCCAGAGGAGUGGCAGCCAAACCAAUUUUUCAAGCCCAGGGUCAUCAGCCUUGGUUCUGGCAAGUUCAUGGUCGUGGACUUCUUGGAUGACAUGCAAUUCGACAAGGAAUCCAACGAGAUGUGUCUUGAAAAGCAAUUCGCCCUCUUCACUGGUAUGGAAGUAGCCUACAGCAACGGCAACGGCAAAGGCAAGAAUAGCAGAAAUGGUGCCAUCAAAGACAAUGACCACAGUAGUGGCAGCGAGAAUGGCGGCAAAGGCAAAGGCAAAGGGCUGAUCCGUGGCCUCCGUAUGAUCAAGCACAAAUCCGGUCGUUACAUGUUCAACAACCAUCAGAGGAUCGAGGAGGUGCUCUGA